AGAGAGCGAUGGAGUGGGAUUGAUGGAGUAGCUUCUCAGAGUGUUUCACAUUGAUGGAGUAGCUUCUCAGAGAGUUUCACAUUGAUGGAGUAGCUUCUCGGAGAGUUUCACAUUGAUGGAGUAGCUUCUCGGAGAGUUUCACAUUGAUGGAGUAGCUUCUCAGAGAGGUUCACAUUGAUGCGGUAGCUUCUCAGAGAGUUUCACAUUGAUGGAGUAGCUUCUCAGAGAGAUUCACAUUGAUGGAGUAGCUUCUCGGAGAGUUUCACAUUUAUGGAGUAGCGUCUCAGAGAGUUUCACAUUGAUGGGGUAGCUUCUCAGAGAGUUUCACACUGAUGGGGUAGCUUGUCAUUGAUGAAGUUGGACGUUGAGCAAGGGAGAAAUGGUGAUGAACAAAGCCAGCGUCCAGGGGAUUGGGUUUUGAAAUGAGAAUUAAAAAUUCCUGGAAACGGAUCAAGAUGGUGAACACAGACAGGGAGAUCCAGAGGUGACGUGGUUUAUGACUGAAGACUUUUUGAUCGUACUUACAGUAACCUCAACUCCUCCAUCUGCCUCAUUGUCAUACUCUGCCAACGUGAAGAGCUCCGGGACCCUCCCCCAUAUGAAAGACGCCACGUAAAUGUUCAUUUUGUGGUUGCUUCUGACGGCUUGGGAGUCCAGAUGUAUCCAACUGACUGACAUCUCCGGGGAAAUAUCUUCUCCAAAUUACCCUCUGGAAUAUCCUGGGAACAGCACUGGAAUCUGGGAGAUAUCGGCGCGCCCUGGAUAUAUUCUAAAACUGUAUUUGGUACACGUGGAAAUCAAAUGGUCAGAGAGAUGUGAAAGAGAGUAUAUUAAGGUGGUGACAGAAGUGAAAGAACUCUUCAACGUGUGUGGCAGGACAUCACACGGUGUCAGUCCGGAAUUCCGGGAAUACUUUUCCUCCACUAACUCAAUGCAAGUUCUGUUUCAAUCCGAAACUUCCAAUGAGGACAGGCUGACGGGCUUCCUGGCUUUGUACUCACGCGUAGAUAUUAAUGAGUGUGAUAUUGUCGCCCACAACUGCAGCCAUUUUUACGGAAACAAGAUUGGAAGUUUUCACUGUUACUGUUCUCUUGGCUUUGUGAUUCAUAGCAGUGGCCACACCUGUGAAGAAAUCGGAACGUAUUGUCCUGGUUAUCUGGCACCACUGAAUAUUCUUGAGCCUCACUGGGACAAGUUUUACUUUCAGGACACAGUGAAAGUCUCAUGUGUGAAAGGAUAUGAAAUAGUCGAGGGGUUGAAGACGCUGCCUUACUUUUUUGCGGAGUGCAACAAGAACGGGACAUGGAAUACUUUUGGAUACAGUUGCCAGCCUGUGGACUGCGCGCUGCCGCCUGGAAUCGAGAAUGGAGUCUUCUCGUAUAGUAAAGGCCAAAAUCUCACCACGUAUGGCUCUUCCAUUCAGUACCAGUGCAAUGAGCCAUAUUAUAAAAUGGUGACCUAUAAGAGCGAGAACUUCAGCUGCACCGCGGAAGGAAGUUGGGAAAAUCGUCAUCUGGGCGCCCACGUUCCUGUCUGUAUUCCAGUCUGCGGUCUGCCUGGCAAUCCGCUGGUGUUCCGCUCGCGGGUGCUGCAUGGCUCGCGGGCUGAGCCGGGUAACUUCCCGUGGCAGGUGCACUUUCGGAUCCCCCGGGGGGCGGGGGCGCUGAUCUCGGAUCGCUGGGUGCUGACGGCGGCCCACGUGGUGUCUCCGAGACGUGGGAUCGUGCUGUCGGCUGGACUGGUUAACCUGAAGAACCGAAAGCAAGCGGUGGCCCUGAUCCCGGACCGAGUUUUCGUCCACCCGCUUUACAACAACUCGGAGGAGACCGACACCUACAAUUACAACCACGACAUCGCGCUGAUUAGACUGAAAGCCAAACUGGUGCUGGGACCAGCCAUCGCCCCCGUCUGCUUGCCCCGGAGAGACUCAGAGCACCAGGUGACCCCGGGAAUCCUGGGCACUGUGUCAGGAUGGGGAGUGACGGAGAACGGGACUUUAACACCGCAUCUCAUGUACACGCGGCUGCCCGUCUCCGACUUGGAGGAGUGUCGGAGCAACAUGGAGGGCAACGGUCAGCGGGUGACUGAGAACAUGAUCUGUGCUGGCCUGGGGGUGGGAGGGGACUCCUGCCAAGGGGACAGCGGAGGAGCAUUCGUCUUCACUCGUCCCCAGAGCAAGCAGUACUAUGUCGGUGGGAUCGUAUCCUGGGGAAUAAAUUGCGGGUCGUUUGGAUUCUACACUAAAGUGCUCAAGUAUCUCGAGUGGAUCGAAGACACAAUGAAGAACAAUUCUGAUUGAAAUCUCAACAAUGAUCAUUAAAAACGGGUUCUUAAGGCUCAUGGGAUCUUGGGGUUUAUAACACGGGGAAAAUAAACAUGGAAUUAUCAGGA